UUGCAGCAGCUGGUUGCAGGUUGUCUUGGUCCAGAGUGUGAGAAGGCCUCUCUGCCUGCACCAAGUGAGGAGCUGUGGGAUGCGUGAGCGUCCUGUCCUGCUGAGAGCUCGUGGGGUUGGAAGACAGAAGCUUCACCGUGGGAGAAGCCAAAAAUCUUCCUACAUAUCCAGGGCCAAACAAGAUGAGGGAUUGUUACUGUACCGUCAACCUGGACCAGGAGGAAGUUUUCAGGACCAAAAUAGUGGAGAAAUCUCUAUGCCCCUUUUAUGGAGAAGAUUUUUACUGUGAAAUUCCUCGGACUUUUCGUCACCUAUCUUUUUACAUUUAUGAUAGAGAUGUUUUCCGGAGGGAUUCCAUCAUCGGCAAAGUGGCCAUCCAGAAGGAAGACUUGCAGAAGUAUCACAACAGAGACACUUGGUUCCAGCUACAGCACGUGGAUGCCGAUUCCGAAGUGCAGGGUAAGGUCCACCUGGAGCUCAGGCUGAGUGAAGUCAUAACGGACACUGGAGUCAUUUGCCAUAAACUUGCUACACGAGUUCUAGAAUGCCAAGGACUUCCAAUCGUGAAUGGACAGUGUGAUCCAUACGCUACGGUUACUUUGGCUGGUCCAUACAGGUCAGAAGCAAAGAAGACUAAAGUCAAAAAGAAGACCAACAACCCCCAUUUCGAUGAAGUGUUUUAUUUUGAGGUGACCAGACCCUGCAGCUACAACAAAAAAUCCCACUUUGACUUUGAAGAAGAGGAUGUUGACAAACUUGAGAUCAGGAUUGACCUUUGGAAUGCCAGUAACUUGAAGUUUGGAGAUGAGUUUCUGGGAGAACUAAGAAUUCCUCUGAAGGUUCUCCGACAGUCCAAUUCUUACGAAGCAUGGUAUUUCCUGCAGCCGCGAGAUAACGGCAGCAAGUCGCUGAAACCAGAUGACCUUGGUUCCUUAAGGUUAAAUGUGGUUUACACAGAGGACCAUGUUUUUUCCUCAGACUAUUACAGCUCUCUCAGAGACCUCCUGUUAAAAUCGGCCGACGUUGAGCCCGUCUCGGCCUCGGCUGCCCACGUCCUGGGCGAAGUUUGUCGCGAGAAGCACGAGGCGGCCAUCCCCCUGGUGCGGCUGUUCCUCCACUACGGCAAGAUCGUGCCUUUCAUCAGCGCCAUCGCCAACGCGGAAGUGAGGAGGACCCAAGAUCCGAACACCAUCUUCAGAGGAAACUCAUUAACGUCCAAGUGCAUUGAUGAGACGAUGAAACUUGCAGGCAUGCAUUACCUUCAAGUUACCCUAAAGCCAAUAAUAGAUGAGAUCUGCCAAGUCCACAAAGCUUGCGAAAUUGAUCCUGUAAAGUUAAAAGAUGGGGAGAAUCUGGAAAACAACAUGGAAAAUCUGCGUCAGUACGUGGAUCGCAUCUUCAACGUUAUCACCAAAUCCGGGGUGAGCUGCCCCACUGUGAUGUGUGACAUUUUCUUCUCCCUAAGAGAGUCUGCCGCCAAGCGCUUCCAAGGUGAUUUGGAUGUAAGAUACACAGCCGUGAGCAGCUUUAUCUUCCUGAGGUUCUUUGCUCCCGCCAUCCUGUCUCCCAACCUCUUCCAGCUCGCCCCUCAUCAUACCGAUCCCCAGACUUCUCGGACUUUGACGCUCAUCUCCAAGACCAUACAGACGCUGGGCAGCUUAGCCAAAUCCAAAUCGGCCAGUUUCAAGGAGUCUUACAUGGCUACGUUUUAUGAUUUCUUCAAUGAGCAGAAAUAUGCCGACGCAGUGAAAAAUUUCCUAGAUCUGAUUUCAUCAUCUGGAAGAAGAGAUCACAAGAGUAUAGAGCAGCCGAUAUUGCUUAAAGAAGGGUUCAUGAUAAAGAGGGCGCAAGGAAGAAAACGCUUUGGUAUGAAAAACUUCAAGAAAAGGUGGUUUCGUCUGACAAACCAUGAAUUUACCUAUCAGAAAAGCAAAGGUAACAAGAAAGGAGACCAGCCCCUCUAUAGCAUUCCUAUCGAGAACAUCCUGGCGGUGGAGAAAUUGGAGGAAGAGUCCUUCAAAAUGAAAAAUAUGUUCCAGGUGAUCCAGCCCGAGAGAGCCCUGUACAUCCAGGCCAACAACUGCGUGGAGGCCAAGGACUGGAUCGACAUCCUCACCAAGGUCAGCCAGUGCAACAAGAAGCGGCUCACCGUCUACCACCCCUCGGCCUACCUGAACGGACACUGGCUCUGCUGCAAAGCCACUUCGGACACCACGCCGGGCUGCACCCCUUGCACGGGAGGGCUCCCGGCGAACAUACAGCUCGAUAUAGAUGGCGACCGCGAGACCGAGCGCAUCUACUCCCUCUUCAACUCGUACAUGACGAAACUGGAGAAAAUGCAAGAGGCUUGCGGCAGCAAAUCCGUCUACGACGGCCCUGAGCAAGAGGAAUAUUCCACAUUUCUCAUCGACGACCCUCAGGAGACCUACAAAACACUAAAGCAGAUCAUAGCCGGCGUGGGAACUUUAGAACAAGAGCACGCCCAAUACAAAAGGGAUAAAUUCAAGAAGACAAAAUACGGAAGCCAGGAACACCCCAUCGGCGAUAAGAGUUUCCAGAGCUACAUCAGGCAGCAAUCGGAGAUCUCCGCUCAUUCCAUUUGACGUCCGGGGGCUGUGGCCGGCUGACAGAGCGACUUUGAAGCCGAGAAGCGAGAAGAUGUGGAAAGCCGGGCUGUUGGGAGAGGGAGAAAAAAAACAAAAAAAAACCCAAAAGGAAAUCAUGUGGAGACAACUUCGAGACUGAAGUGUUUUCCCUCUCUCUCUCUCUCCCGGACGAGAGCUGUUACAAGAGCCGCUGUGCACUUUAUUCAUCUGGAAACGCCAGGUGAGCAAACCGGCCACCUGUGUUUCCACGGUGGCCCGUGGGGAGACGGCUUCUCGCAAGCGAGCGAUCGGUCCCGUGUUGGCUACCUGGGCUCGGCUACCCGAGGCAGCGACCCCGUCCGCUGCGGGUUGAGUUCGACGUGCCAUCCGGCCGUUUUCCCGUCUCCGCGCAUCGCACCCGUCGCCGACCUCCGGCAGCCACGCUUCGCGACCGCACUCUGCUUUCGGUCCCCCCUCCCGUCUUUUUGUAGCUCACACGGGUCCGAUUCUCGGCGGAUGACAGAUCGCGUCUUCGACACACCCUGCUCCUGGCUGGGUCAGAGACGUACUCUCCACGGUCUAGAGAUCCCGGGGUCUUUCUUCGAAAUCUUCGAGGAGAGCAUCCCGCUUUUUGCCGGGGCAGUUUAGGGCCGGCGUGGAGAUGGGCUCCGUGGGGAUUUGGGCUUGGAAGAUUCCAGAAUCUUCUAGGCCAGAUGGUUGAGUAUUCCACAGCAGCCUCAGGGACUACGCCGGCAGGCCCAAGAAGGCGACGCGAGGAGAGCGGCCGGCCCACCUUGUCCCGCUUGAAGCCAGAAGGGCCUUUUUCUAUCCGAUUGGGAUUUCAAAGCAGACGGCGUUCUCUGGCAGUACCUUCUGUGUGUUUUAUAUCGUGGACUCGAGGUGUACAAUUUUGCAGCAGUGUUUCUUAAGUGUUUUUAAAUACGUACUGUUUUGUAAUGAGCUCUUCGAAAAAGACACGCCACUCCGUGUCAGACCCCCUGGACUGCGUGUGGUCAGUGAUGAGCCGGGGAGUGGUGACUCCGGCUGUCACUGGUACCAAUUAAAGGUGGAAACGGGGCAGAGGAGGGACGAACCAGUGACUGUCAUUGUUGGGCAUUAAUCGGCUACACCUCCUCAGAAAGGAAGUACAGUGAGUAAUCGGAACAGGGGCCGGGGCUAUGUUUUUUUGGGGUUUGUUUUUUUUUUGUUGUUGUUUUUUUAAGUCAGAUUGGACCAUAAUCUAGCAAAGAUGAACUCUUCAGCUCAGUUAUCGAGUCGUUUGCUAACGCAUUUCAACGCCAGUGCUCUCACUGGGCUUGUGGCUUUCAGCUAGGCUGACUGGUUUGGGGAGAAGCGCUGUUUAAUAAUAGUGUGGUGAAGUCAUCGUCGUAAGUUCUCUCUCAUUUGGACGUACUGUAGAUCCGAACCUUAAUCUAGUGGGAAAACAGUUACCUUAUUUGAUGUCAGUGAAAAUAACGGCGGGGCGGGAGGAAAAUGGUGCAAAAAAUGGAAUUGGGGGGGGUGGGGGGGGGGCGGCCCAGGAGCUGCGACUGAACUGCAAUUUUUAACAUGUAUUUGUAACUUAAUAUUCCGUUUAUAAAAAACUAAUGAUCCACACUGUAUUUUAACUUGCCAAUUAAAGCAAAUGUUUUAUUCUUUCUGAAAA